AUGCCCGAGGUUGGCUCCCAGGUGUAUUGGCACAACAUUCCCGGGAGCCCGGCCCCGUGGAAGGACGAGAAGGAGCGCGCACGCAUGUGGGAUCUCAGUCGUCGUGUUGAGGGAAACAUUAGCGAUACGCGGUACUUGUUGGAGCGGCCGCUCACCGAGUUGCUGAUGCUGCGCCGCGUAGAGCGAGGUAAGCCGGCGCAAGCUGAUCAUUACUGGGGCCUCGUCCUCGAGCCACACCUCUCCCCGCUACACGGGAUCAACAUGGUGAUGAAGGAACUGCAGGUGGCCACCGUAACACGUGAAGAGGCAGCAGAGGCUGUUGCGGCUGUCAUUGAGGAGUAUGACGUCAUGACGCAGCAACAACCGUCGCAGUCGCAAACCAACGCCGGACGAUAUUCGGUAAAGGCGGAAAUGAUGACACAGCAGAGCACCGCCCCGGCAAUGGACAUGCGCGAGGCGCCUCUCCUCGAAGUGGUGAAAGUGCUGUGCAAUGCAAGAGGACUGGAGGUGUCGAUGCUCACCAAAGCCGAGCUUCGCCGUAAGGGUCGCAUCGGGGUGGCCGACGUGUUGCCGCGGAGGCGCGUCAUCAUGGCGUUUGAUCGUAGCAAGCCACAUUAUAUUUUCGUUCGAACCGUGAUGUUGCGCAAGGCUGGGAAAAAGGGUUUCGUCAAGCCUCAUAUGCAGCUGGUCGCGCCCACCUCUAGCCCUGUUCCGUGGCGCCGGCUUCUCCUCGCUGGAAUGCCGAACUUGCCGUCCAACGAGUGUGUUGUGGUGGCUGUGCAACGGGUCCACGAUAACUACGACAUUAACGGCAUGCCCCUAAAGGGACAAGCAGCGCAUGUGGAUGAUCGAGAGCUUGUGUUAGGUGAUAAUAACGAUGAAAGUGAUGAUGGUGCCGAGGGGGGCGUGAAUCGAAAGCAGCUGAAGGAUGGGAACCCGAAAAAAUGUCGCAAGCGAUCUCGGGAGAGUGAGGGCGACACCUCAGACGGUGACAAGAGUGAUACAAGUGACGAAAUGGAGUCGUUGCGUAGGAAGGAAACGGCGGAAUUAAAACGGUGGCUCGGUGCUAGCCCCAUCUUCACAUUGCAGGACAAGUUGCACGAUGACCCCCUCUUUGAAACCCCCGUUGCAGUUCUUCGCAAAGUGCCACGGGUAUCACACGGACUGCACGAUUGGGUUCAGCGCCUAAUCUGCAUCAGUCUCCGCAAACAGCUCUAUGCGAUGCGGUACUAA